CCCACUGACGUCAUAUACAAAGGACCGAUAACAUGUCGUCUGGGUGAAGAAGGAGCGAGCAGCUAGCGAGGAGACAAACUGAGGAGUCUUACUCACGAAGUUGAAAAGGAAGACAUGUCGCCUCGGCUCCUCUGCCUGACCACACAGUCUAUGAGCUACUGUUUCCGUUAAAGUGGACAUUUAGCUGAAGUUACGUUUCUGACAAAGUAAUGACUGAUUCUCGUCACGGAAGUAGGACAAAAAAAAGUAGCUAGCUCGGCUGCUAGCUGUCGUUAGCAAAGGAGUUCUUUGUUUUGUUUUCCCCGUGUAAACAUGGAGAGAAACUAGUUCGGACGUUGUGCUCUGUCGUUCAACGUUCACGCAGCGGUUUCACAGCCAUGUAUCUGGUGUCUUCUGAUAUUACAUUCAUGGUUUCUGGAGUAGUAGGAAGACAAAUCUAACAUUAGCCAACGAGAGCAACUUUAGCAACAACAAGAUCAGGUUGCUUUAGUUUAGUUUUGUUGUUGUUUUUUGACGUCGGCCAGGAGGACGGGAGCGGAGGUACGAAGACAUGGGCAACUGUCUCAAGUCUCCCACAUCGGACGACAUCUCUCUGCUUCAUGAAUCCCAGUCAGACAGAGCGAGCUUCGGGGACGGGAUGGAUCCGGACCUCGAACCACCUCCGCCGUACCAGGAGCAGGCUCACAUUCCCAUAUACCAUCCCACACCCAGCCAGGCCCGUCUGGCCACACAGCUGACAGAGGAGGAGCAGAUUCGCAUAGCUCAGCGCAUUGGCCUCAUCCAGCACCUCCCGAAGGGCGUUUAUGAUGGAGGAAAAGACGGCUCUGAGAAAAAGAUCAGAGAGUGUGUGAUCUGUAUGCUGGACUUUGUAUACGGGGACCCCAUCCGGUUCCUGCCCUGUAUGCACAUCUACCACACGGACUGUAUAGACGACUGGCUGAUGAGAUCCUUCACCUGCCCCUCCUGCAUGGAGCCUGUGGAUGCUGCCCUGCUCUCCACCUAUGAGACCAACUGAUUCUUCACCCCCCUCCUCCCCCACGCUUACAUCAAACACGGCCCCUCCGACCCCCGCACACAAACCCUACAACUGCCCUCUUUAUAGAGCCUGAGGAAUUUGGGGGGAAAAAAUAGGUUGGCUGUUGUAUUGCACUUUGAAAAUUACCCAUUCUACUCACCCAGUGUUGGCCUUCCAUGUCCCCCAAGUCAGAAUAAGCUGGUCUUAAAAACAUCAGUUACACAAGUCAGUGAGAGACUGUUUCAAGUCGACCCUGCAUGAUUGUGUUUGUGUGUGUGUGUUUAUUGUGUCGAAGCUGCAGCCUGCAUUGAUGGUGAGCACAUGGGAUUUUCUUUUUGACCUGUGUGAUUGGGGAGGGGGUUGAUGACUUUGCAUUUCCACUUGAGCCGGCCUCGGUGGUGUUUCUCCUCAGCUGACACCAUUUCACCGUCAUUCCCGGUUAAUCAUAAUGUAAAUGGACAAGUAGGUUAACUUAAUUAUUGACCAGAACGUUUAAAGGUGUCGCUAGAAAUCUGUUGGAUUAAAGUCGAAGUUUCCGUGGCAACAGUGAGCAACGACUUCAACAUAUUGAUCUCCUACAGACCCUACACUUGGGAAAUGUGUUAACACACAACAGAAGAAAAAAAGGAGGAUUACAAAAAAAAAAAGAAUGCACGCACUUUACAGAAAUCACCCAAAGUCUAUAAGUACACAUUCAUUCAUAAUGGCGGUCAAGUCCACAUACUUGUCUUUGGCUUCUUCAAAUAAUCAGACUUUUAAAAAAAGCUUUGAGCUGAAGGAAUGAGAUGAUGAUGUGUAAUGUGAAUGUGUCACCAGAGGGGGUGUAAAGUAGCCGGCAGCCAGUGUAAAGGGCUCAUUCGUGCAUGGGCAGGUUGGAUCAGUGAGUCCAAAUUAGAAAAAUGCUUGCACACACACACGUUUCAUCUGAUCCAGAGAUUUGCACUUUACGUAUAGGACAGUAUCUAAAACAAUAUAUUAAUAUAUGUACCUUACAAUCUUGCACUAUCAAUACUUCAUUCCUCCGUUUCCUGAGAUGCAAAAGUUAUAUAGCUGAUAAAACAUGUUGUCAAAGCUGUCAGUAGUCACUCACCACGUUGAAGUAAGCCCGACGAUGUAUAUCAUGAAGUCUGUGAUUCAGUAGCGUGAGCCUCCGCUUUGCUCUGCUUAAGUCUGGAUUCUUGUGUGUUUUUAUGUGUUAGUAAAGGGACAGAGGUUUGCUCGAUGUUAAGGGAAAACAUCUUAUUUCAUAAGAUCGGCUCCUUGAGUUUCUCACCAAGAGCCGGAUCAGAUUGACGCCGCUCUUUUGUCUGUGCAGCGAGUAUGGUAUUAGCGACAGUUAGCUUAGUUUACUAUAAAGACUGGGAAGAGAAGCUAGAGCAAAAACUAGCGAGAAGUAAAUAUGAAAAUAUGCCAACCAACAAACAUGACAACUGUUUAUUAAUCUUAAUACAGAAAGUAAUGUUGACAAAAUUGUGCGUUUUUGGGUUUUGCGUGGAGUUGUGUGGCUAUACACACA